AUGGGCCAGCUGACGGACCUGCCCGAUGAGCUACUCCACGACGUGCUCUCGCUUCUCCCCGCGGUAGACCUAGUAUCCAUCUCCGCAACUUGUCGAACAUUAUACCGCCAAUCCCGGGACGAGAAGCUAUGGCAACGUCUCGUCAACGCCAACAUACCCAACAAGAUCACGAAGCCCGGCAUAUUCCACACUUUCAAAGACUUGUACUCCGCUCAUCAUCCAUACUGGUUUCUGCCGCGAAACAAGAUAUGGUUCUCAGAUGAUGAGUCCACCGGCACAUUAAUCAUCAGCCGCUACGACAACCGGCGCGGCGUGGUUGAGGCAUUUCGCCUUGUGGCCGAGUUGAAUGAGGAGAUUGCUGUGCCAUGGCAGUCUCAUCCAGAUGUUGAGAUUCAACCGUUCAAUCCAAGGUUGCGUCUGUGGCUUGAUGAUCCGAUUAUUGAGUUGCGGAAUCCUGAUCGAUUGCCUCUUCGGGAUAGGCAGUAUGCUCGGGAUCAGUUCAAGAUGACCAUGGCGAACCGCACCGCUAGAGUCUGCAGCUCUUUUUUUUUAUGUAGGGGAAGUCUCGGUACUUCUCCGAGGAUCAGGAACGAUUUCCUCUGGCCACCCGUCACAAUUCCCGGUGAACGAUCAGUCCGCAAACGCCACGAUUUUCUUGCCGACGAGACAUCAAAUACAUUUCAAAACAUUCAAAAGUUUCGCAAAAACCCUAACAAAAUAUCGGAAACGAGCUUUUAUCUCCUCAAAUGGCCGCAUUUCGGCCUGGGACAACCGGUUAUUCCGAGACAUCGUAUAAAUCAGACAUGGAUAUUCUCGACCCUCGAUCCCGCACUAUACACCCCGACAAAAGAUAAACCCUUCCAAGGGAUAUGGGUUGGGGACUACAAUUUCCACAAAUGCGAAUUUCUCCUAUUUUUGCAGCGAGAUGGCGGUGAACCCGCACCACUAACCAACAAUGCGAGACGACAUUUACGAGCGAUGCUAGGCGGCGCACGAAUCUUUGAGGAAACGCCCUACGACUUUAUCAAUGACCAAGAUGAAGCAGUAACAGCCGAAGAAGAAGAAGAAGAAGAAGAAGAAGUCGUUUUACUAAACGGUCGAUUCGAAGAUGCUUUUGAGCGCGCGAGCCCACCAGAUUCCCUGGCCAGUAAUGAAGUCGAUGAAUAUAACGGCGUCAGAUUCCAGGGUCGUUUGGAGGGGAUCAAAUUGACUGGUGACCCGAAUAUUCCGCGUGGAGAAAUAUCGUUUGUGGCGGAGGAUAUUGGCCCGAAAGGGUUGCUAGGUGUUUCGCAGGAUGAGGAGUUUCGGGGUGUGAGGGUUGUGAAGAGUAAGGGGCAUAUUGCAUUUGAGCAUUAUACUGAUGAUCAAUGGGUUAACACGCAGUUAUUCCUGAUUUCGCCGGAUUAUGUGGCCCAGUACUGGGAGCCGAUGAAUCAUAUAUCGUUCUUCCGACGUGUGAAUAUCGAUGAAUUUACCAAGGUAUAA